AUGUUGGGCAAAUACGUCUUGGCAUUGGGUCUUGUCGCAAGCACCGUGCUUGCACAGCCUGUGAUUCCCAACAAGGUCGACGUCGACAAGCGUGUGGAUGUUGAUAAGGUUGAUGUCGACAAGCGUGUGAUUGCCAAUAAGGUUGAUGUCGACAAGCGUGUGGAUGUUGAUAAGGUUGAUGUCGACAAGCGUGUGAUGGCCAAUAAGGUUGAUGUCGACAAGCGUGUGGAUGUUGAUAAGGUCGACGUCGACAAGCGUGUGGAUGUUGAUAAGGUCGAUGUCGACAAGCGUGUGGAUGUUGAUAAGGUCGACGUCGACAAGCGUGUGGAUGUUGAUAAGGUCGACGUCGACAAGCGUUGUACGACCUACAAGCCCAAAGAUCGAAUUACUACAUCCGGGCUAUUUUAUCUCCUCACCCCAUUAGAGCAACGCUCUUCACAUGAUCUAUGA